AUGCGAGGCUUGCGCAAGAUCCAGUCUCACCAAAUCCUCUCAUCUCACCCACCUUCCUCAGCUCAUCCGCCGUCGGGGCGCUUGUCUGCUGGCGCCGGGGAGCUCGCCCAACCUCCUCAGCUGGACUCGCCCGUGCGACUGCGCUCGCAACGCCGGGCGCGCUCCAACAGCGAUGCCUCGUCUCGGGAGGCCCCUGCGAUAGGAACUCAAAAGCGAUCGGCCAGAAAGACAGGUUCUGGGUUUGGAGUCAAGCGCUCGGUCUUGGAGACUCUCCUCCGGGACGGUCCGCACCAGGGCAACCUUCAGGAGGGUCUCCAGGAGCUCCGGUACCUCGUUCUCUCGACACGAGUCGAAGCAGACGCGGAUGGCAUGUCCACCUACCGAAUCUACCUUUGGCUCGUCCUUCUCGAUGUUUCUCCUGUUCCAACCGACGAAUACCUCUCCCUCAUCCACCGUGGUCGCUCGCCAGCCUACACGAAAAUCCGCAAUGAUACAUUCCGCACCAUGGCCACAGACCCCCUAUUCAAACGCCGCGUCACAGAAGCCAGCUUGAUCCGGCUUCUCAACGCUGUCGCAUGGAAACUUCACGACGCGAAGAACAAAUACCGCGGGAUUACAAACGAAUCUGCGAUCUACGUCCAAGGCAUGAACGUGCUCUGCGCUCCGUUCCUCUACGCCGCCCGCAGCGAAGUCGAGGCCUUUGCUCUGUUCCACUCGUUCAUUACACGCGAAUGUCCUGGUUACAUCCGCGGCGCCAUGGAUGGGGUCCAUCGAGGUCUGCGCUUGGUCGACCAAUGUUUAGAGAUCGUCGAACCCAAAUUAGCGGCGUACCUCUUCUCCAAGGGCCUACAGGCGAAAUUGUAUGCAUUUCCGUCGGUGUUGACCCUCUGUGCGUGCACGCCUCCUCUUCCGGAGGUGCUUCAUCUUUGGGACUUUUUGUUCGCAUACGGAACGCACCUAAAUAUCUUGUGUAUUGUGGCGCAAUUGAUUCGAAUGAGGGACACGAUCCUGGAAAGUCCGAAUCCCAACAAAAUCCUCCGAUCCUUCCCACCACUCGACGCCAAAGAGAUCAUCGCCCUGACGGUCCUGAUCGUCCGCAAGAUCCCCGAGCCGCUGUACGCUGAAUUAAUCGACCAUGCCAAAUGA